AUGAAUCGUUCAAUGAAAUCAUCAAAAAUGAAACGUCGGCAUUGCACUUUACUUUUCCUGUCCGUUUGGGCCAUUGACCAAGUCUCCUGUAAUCCAGUGAUCCAACCACUUACCGACCGGGCCGGCAGUAGCUUUGACUUCAUCCCGCUGUCGGGACCAGAGAACCAUGAACGGGAAAACUUUAAUGCAAUCGCCGAGCCUCUCUCACUGUUUCCCCUCUCUGCUGGCGGAGCGAAGGACGACCGGAAUCGAGAUGAUGUCCACAUUCCGACCAGUCCAGGACGACUGACAGGCGGAUACCGUGGAGAGGAGUACCCUCAAACUGUUUCCGCGAACUGCAAGCAGUCAGCCCAUGACCAGCUUCUGUCACUGUUUCCCCUCGCUCCUGGGGGAGCAAGAGCCGAGCGCGAUCGAGAUUGGAACACCAUUGCUAAGGAAGGCGAUGUUCCAAACAGUCCAGGACCAAUCAUCUUCGGCCAACACCAUGCCGACGAGUAUCUUCAAGAUCAUUUCGCCCACAACGAACAGCAGUCAACCUCUGAAGAGCCUCCUCGAGUCGCCAUCAUCGCCCCUGGGGAAGGAUCGAACAGCCGAAAACGAGUUCGGGAGAUUCUACCUGAGGAAGACCACGUUCUCACCCGUCCUAGACUAAGCGGACCAUACAAUGAUGGGCACGAUCAAGAUCUUUCCGCCACAGAUUUAGAGCAGUCCACCUUAAGUAUCCCAAGCCCCAGCUUUCGUAGCUCGACACCCCGUUUCGGCAAGCCCAGGCUUAAUUUACCGAACCUGGAAGAGAACCACGAGGAGCCAGGCCCGGUAUCUGAGAACGAUCUACAAACAGCGUCGCGUAUGAAUAUGAUAGCUGAAACGCCUCCCAUUGAAUCUAAAAAGACAACGUCUAAUCCUCAAUCGGGCACUUCUCUAGCGCCAAUCAAAACCGACGCCCGUGACACCCCUCAGCCAGUAGCUAUCAUCACCCCUGAGGAAAGAACAGACAGUCAGAAACAAGCUCGAGAGAGUUUCUCUGCGGAAAGCCAUGCCCUAAACCGACUCAUAUACAGUGGACCAGAUCAUAAUCGUCGGACCCCCGUGUCUCGUAAAACCCUACAAACGACUGCGCCGAUGGACAUGAUCCCUGAGAGGCCGCCUGUCAGUGAUGAUGGAACACCUGAGCGAACUCUAGAGUGGGAGCCCCCGAAGAUGUGCGGAAAAGCUAAGCUUGCUGCACAUUUCAUGGCGAUCCACUUUCAGCAAGCGAUUACUGAUGAAACCACUGAAGGUCGAGAUCUGGGCAAGGAUCCUGCUGGUAUGGCGCAACCUGUGGCACGAGGGAAGGGAGAUUACAAGCGAUACUUUAAUUAG